UAAAUGGUGCGGUUUGCUUGUUAGGCUAGUGAACACCUUAUAAUGAGCCAACUGUGCCAGGGCGUGCGCAAUUGCUGUGUAUCCUCCGUAGCUUCCACCCUCCUUCCUAGACAAACUUGAAGACUUGUACCGUGGCUAUCCAGGAAUUCUGUAAUUUACUGCCCAAGUAGGCCCAACUUCAUACCCAGGUGCGCUGCACGCAAUCAUUCAUUCGCUACCCCACAGCCUGUAGUAAUAAACCUGUUUGAAUUCUCCCUCAGACUCUGUAAAACAAUGGCCAUGGACUGCCCACUUCUCGUCUGGAUGCUCUCACUGAACCGUGAUGUCUUGACGGAGGAGUACGACAAGUGUUUCCACCUUGUGCAGGAUUGCGUCCCUCAUGCCAGGCUGCCGUACCAGCCUACCUCUAUAGAUUCUUUCCGACAGCUAAUUUGCCACAUGUUACCGCUGCUUAUGAUGCGCCACCGACGAAUAUCUCGUGCAAAAUGGAAGGACUGCGUUACUUCGAAUGGCAAGCACUGGAUCGAGCAGGGACGGCAGCGUCAAGUAAUAAAUAUCGGUUUGGGCAUCAAACAAAUAUCCGUAGAGCCCAAAGGCGUCUCAGUAGCAGCUUACGCUGAGUCCUUCGCACAUAAACUGACCCCGCUAGAGAUGACCUUCCUCAACCCUGAACUUGGGGACGAUGUCGUCCUCCGGCGCCUCUCCAUCCUCCUGUCGCUCAAAGCGGCGUACAUCAAAGCCGGGUGGGAAUUCCGCGUGUUCAAGGCGCAACUCGGCGUACAACGCAUGGGCGGGGUCAUGCUCGAAGAGUCGUAUCAGUGCGCGUGCGCGUUUUUCAGGGGCACGAAGGAGUCCUAAAUUUAUUUGGCAUGAUAAUGCGAAGGAUUUAGAGGCCUGGGUGCAGUUCAUCAACAUUGACCAGAUGGUCAAGGUGAUUCCGAAACUGCGUGCCUAGUGAGACCCCUUGAACCUUAUCAUUUCACUGUGCUUGCUAUCGUUAUACCAUGUUUUCUGCUGACACCUUUUGUAUGAUAUCUCAUACCGUCUAAUACUUAUCAUCACUACUUA